AUGCCUCCGAUGAAGAUCCAACCGAUCGACAUCGAUUCUGAGAAGAUGAAUCAAAUGAGAGCGGUGGUUCGAAACGACGCCGUUAAGCCUGUGUUGAAAUCGCGCCUCAAAAAGCUCUUCGUGUUCGACCGGCAAUUUUCAAACGUUUCAAAGACUUCCUCGAAACUUAUCGCCGGCGAAGUUCCACUAACUGGCGAUAGGUUUAACGAACAUUUCGAGCCGAACUCAGUUUGCUUAGCUAAAAUGGUCCAGAGUUUCAUUGAAGAGAGUAACGAUAAGCAUGCGCCGGUGUCUAAAUUUGCUCGCAACAGCUGCAAUUGCUUUAACGGAAACAGUAACGAUAGCUCCGAUGAAGAACUUGAUUUCUUCGGUGAAUCUAUCACUUCUGGUUCUGUCAAUGACUCCGGUGAUGCGCUCAAGAGUUUGAUUCCAUGUGCGAGUGUUGCGGAGAGAAAUCUCUUAGCUGAUACAUCCAAAAUAGUUGACAAAAACAGCAAAGUUUUCAAGAGAAAAAACGAUUUGAGGAAGAUAGUUGCAGAAAAUCUUUCUUCUCUAGGUUAUGAUUCUUCCAUAUGCCAUUCUAAAUGGGACAAAACACUUUCUCACCCUGCCGGUGAAUAUGAAUACAUCGAUGUGAUUGUGGAAGGUGAGAGGUUGAUAAUUGAUAUUGAUUUUCGAUCGGAGUUUGAGAUUGCUAGAUCGACCGGGACAUUCAAGGCGAUCCUUCAGUUUCUUCCUUACAUUUUCGUUGGAAAAUCGGAUCGUCUCUGUCAGAUCGUUGCUGCUGUAUCGGAAGCGGCUAAGCAGAGUUUGAAGAAGAAAGGAAUGCACGUUCCACCGUGGAGGAAGGCGGAGUACAUGUUAGCUAAGUGGCUCUCCGCCUCCUGUACGAGAGGGAAUCCGUCGCUAAACUCCACUGUGCAAAACUUGAAGGAGGAUCUCAGCGACCGUGAUAGUGCUGCCUCGGAGAGUGUCUGUGGUGAGUUGGAACUGAUAUUCGGAGAGAAAACAUCUUUGCCGGAUUCGAAAACUGUUUCCGGUGGUGAGAAAAGCUUGUUGGCGGUGGUGACGCCAACUUGGCAAUUACCGGCGGUGAAAGUAAAGAGUGUGGAGAGAGGUGCCAAGGUGGUGACUGGAUUAGCCUCCCUACUCAAAGAGAAAUCAUAA